AUGGAAAAGUCUGGAACUUCUUCUUCUUCUACUUCUUCCUCUUCCCGUAAGCUUCAUUUUAAGAUUAAAAAAAUGGUGGACGUAUCAUCUUUAUCAUCAUCAACGUCGUUAUACGAAUCCGAUACCGAAGAACUUCAGCAUAUGCCCUUGAAGCCAGUGAUGAAAAACAACAGAUGUUUGUCGAAGCAAUAUCUAUCCAAGCAAUUGUCGAUGCUGGAAACUUCUAGGGACAUUGCGUGGGAGAGAAGGCGACGACAAAUUCUUUGUCAGGAGAAAAAGAAAACCGGGAUGGCAGAACGGAAUGGGAUAACCGACGAAGACUUGAAUGAACUGAAAGGUUGCAUUGAGCUCGGAUUCGGAUUCAAUGAGGAAGAAGGGCAAAAGCUGUGCAAUACAUUGCCUGCUUUAGACCUAUAUUUUGCUGUAAAUCGUCAGCUUUCUCCUAGCCCGGUUUCGACACCUCAUAGCCGACGAUCGUCAUCGAUAUCAUCGUUGAAAUCGUCUUUUGGAAGUCCCAAGAGUGAUCAAGAUUGGAAAAUUUGCAGCCCCGGGGAAGAUCCACAGCAAGUGAAGACGAAGCUAAGGCAUUGGGCGCAAGCAGUGGCAUGCUCCGUGAUGCAGUCGUCUUGAAGUAGUGGGGUUGGCUUUGUACAGGUCUAGAGUCAGAAAAAAAAA